UUCCACGGACUGUUGAGGGUGUAACACAAGGUGCAGCAUUGAAAACAGUCUGUUUUGAUGAGAACACUGUAGUUGUGUGAUAAAGUUUAUUUGUAAAAUAAAGAAACGCGGUAAUAAACGUGUUUCACCUUGGCUUCUGCCCACAGUCCUGCUGACUGUCUGUCUGUCUGUCUGUCUGUCCACUAACAGAGCUGAGAGUUCAGAGGCAGUGAUGUGAAGCCGGCUACUAAACCCCAGCAAAGCUACACACUGGGUUUAACUGUUUCUUGUUUUAAAGUCAGACAGCGUGCAGAAGAAGAUGAGUUUACAUAAAAUGCUGUUUUCCGGGUUGAAGUUGUGGACUUCGGGAAGAAGUAGAUGGAUGUGUGGACUUCAUGAAGGUAGAAAUAGACGUGGAAAUGCAUCUUUUUCCUCUUGCGGCCCAAAGGUGUGCAUUGUCGGGGGAGGGCCAGCAGGUUUCUACACGGCACAGCAUUUGAUCAAGGCCCGUCAAGAUGUCGAGGUGGACAUUUACGAGCGGCUGCCCGUCCCCUUCGGCCUGGUCAGGUUCGGGGUGGCCCCUGAUCAUCCUGAAGUCAAGAAUGUCAUCAACACAUUCACACAGACAGCCAAACACUCACGCUGUAGUUUCUAUGGGAAUGUGAAUGUGGGGAAGGAUGUGAGCGUGGAAGAGCUGCAGCAAGCCUACCAUGCAGUCGUACUGAGUUACGGGGCAGAGGGAAACAGGAGCAUGGGAGUGCCAGGAGAAGACUUGGCUGGUGUGUACUCUGCCAAAGACUUUGUGGGCUGGUACAACGGGCUGCCCAGCUGUCGAGAGCUGAGUCCAGACCUGAGUUGUGAAACAGCAGUCAUUAUGGGACAAGGCAACGUUGCAUUGGAUGUUGCCAGAGUCCUAUUGGCUCCCCUUGACAUGUUAAAGAAGACUGACAUCACCCAGCCGGCUCUGGAAGCUCUGUCAGAGAGCCAGGUCCGCAGGGUACUGAUAGUUGGCAGGAGAGGACCCAUGCAGGUGGCUUGCACAAUCAAGGAGGUCAGAGAGAUGGUGAACCUGCCCAACGCCAGACCUCAGAUGGUGGCGGCUGAUUUUGAGGGUGUCACAGAGGCUCUCAAAGAUUUGCCGAGGCCCAGGAAGCGACUGACGGAGCUGAUGUUGAAGACGGCCCUGGAGAUCCCGGGAGAGAAGGAGCGGGAGAGGCGAAAUGAGGCCUCCCACGUCUGGGGCUUUCGGUUCUUCCGGAGCCCCGUUGAAAUCCUGGCCGACCCCGACCGCAACCGGGCAGCUGGCAUCCGGCUGGCGGUCAACAGGCUGGAGGACUCAGGAGAGGGAGCUCGGGCAGUGCUCACUGGAGAGGUGGAGGACGUGCCCUGUGGCCUGGUCGUCAGCAGCAUCGGCUACAAGAGCCUCCCCAUCGAUCCUUCGGUGCCGUUUGACUCCCGCAAAGCCAUCGUUCCGAACAACAUGGGCCGUGUUCAACAAGCUGCAGGUCUGUAUUGUAGCGGCUGGGUGAAAACAGGCCCCACUGGGGUGAUAGCCACCACCCUGAACAAUAGUUUUGACACCGCACGAUCCGUGAUGGAGGACCUGGACGCCGGAGCGUUGGACGUAUCUGCUGCCAAGUCUGGUUCCCAAAGCAUCAGUGCUCUGCUGGAGAAGAGAGGAGUGAAACCAGUGACUUUCUCAGACUGGGAGAAGAUCGACAGCGUGGAGAUGAAGAGGGGUGAAGCUACUGGGAAACCCAGAGAGAAACUACUGACUGUGGAGGAAAUGCUGCAGGCGGCUCACAGAUAACUUAAGACAAGAAGCUGUUGACAGGUAAACACUGCACACUGAGGAACUGUUGAAGUAUGAAAUAACAGCAUACUGAUGGGGAUCAAUGACUGACCACAAUGAAGAGAAAUGACAUCAUGAAGCACUCAACUUGGACUUCAUUUAAAUUGUGCACAUUAAAGGCUAGUAGGUAUACUGUAGUUUAGUCUUUGUCUCAUUUGUCACACCUCGGUCAACAGAAUCUUCAAUCGAAAGCACUAAAACACUGAGCUGUGGUUUCCUGUUGCAUUAACCUCAAAAAACAGAACUCUAUUGGAUGCUAUAAAUAAUGAUUUUAUUGUGUUCUGUAAUAUACUGUAUGUAUGUUAAAGAGUAAAAACUAUGUGGUGGCUGAA